AAUAAUAAAAAAAAUUUACGUGUAUCACGGAGUAAAUAAUGGCGCAGUUGAAAUAUUGUUACAUAAUGAUUUUUGAAUGAUGCACUGACAGGUGCUUAUCAAAGUAUAAAAGAGACAAGGCUAAAUAUAUUUACGUUCAGUUGCGUGCUGAUAUUUGGAGGUGACUUAGUUUAAUUUUUAAUUUUUAUAUAUCAUUUUUUAAUUAUGCAAAUGAUUGUCAUUUCGUUUGGGCUUGUUCUACUAGCAACUUGUCUAAGUGCUUUACCAGCAACUUUAGAUUCAGAUGGAGAUGUAUCAUACGAAGAGAAUGGUGUUGUUUAUAUAUUUGAUAUUUAUGCAGUGAGAAAAUCAAAUAGUGCAAGUGUUGGAAAAAUACUUAAUGAUGGAGGUAUCGAAAAAAUAAAAUCAUCAGCAGAUAAAAUUGGAACGGUAGUUAUGGCUGAUGAAGAUUCAGAAGUUCCAAUAACACUUGGUGAAUUUUCAGACAUUGUUGAAGACUUAGGAAUGACUGUUGAAAAAUUAAAUGACGGUGAUGAAUUGAAAAUCAUUGAAAUAAAAUUUGAAGAUAUGUCAAUGGAAGAUUUUGAUGAUUUUAUGAGUUUUGAAGAACUUAUUAGAGUAUUAAAAGCCGAAGGUAUAAUAUUAGAAUUAAAUGAAGAAAAUUCAUCGAGAUUUAUACAAGUUUCGUUUGAUGAAAAACUUAAAAAUUCCGAUGAUCAACCAUUUACACUUGAUGAACUUGCUGAAUUUUUUGAAAAAGAAGGAUAUACUGUUGAUGUUAUUAAAGCUAAGAACAAAGUUAUGGCAAUAAGAAUUCAUGUUGAUGAUAUUCCUGAUGUUGUAACAACAAAACAAACAUCACCAAAAAAAGAUAAUAAAAAAUAUGAUAUAAAUGAUAAAAAAGACGAUCAUUUUUCAACAUUUGAUCAUAUUACCAAGUCUGAUUCAAUGAAUAAAAUUAGAAAACGUAGAACUCCAUGUUCUGAAUGUCAAACUGGUACAAUGAUUAAAAAUAUGAUUGAGAAAUACAAAGAAACAAAAUAAUUAUUGACAUUUAAAUAUCAAUUAUUUCGAUAAUAAUUGAAUUUGUUUCUGUUAUCAUAUUCGAAUGAUAAUUUAUAUAUUAUACUAUUUUAAAUAAAUUAUAUUUAAUUCAUAAUGUGAUUAAUAAAUAAAACAACAAAAAAAAUUUUGAAAAAUUGAUAAUUAUUAUUUAUAUUUAAUAGAAAAAUAAUAAUUAACAAAUGGUAGAAAAAAAUAAUAAAUGAAAAAUUAGAAACUUAUAUUUAUUGUUGAAGAAAAAUAAUAAAAAAAAUUAAUUAAUCAUCUUCAUCAUCACUGAUGAUU